UGCUCUUUUUGGAGGAGCUGCGAAACCUCAAGCUGUCGUCACUUUUUUGCCACCCUCGUCGUUGUCUAGCUAGCUAUCUAUUCUGCACUGUUGCUUUGGUCAACAUAUCGACCAUGGAGGAACAUACCGGUCCUACCGGUGCUACUGCUGAAGCGAGCAGUGGCGUUGCAAUUGCUGGUGGAGGGAUGGAAUUGCCAGGGCUGAGUGAGAUCUGGUUUAGCAGGCUAUCCAAUGCGCCUGAAGAAGCGGGAGUCACAGUCACAGUCUCAGCCACGCUAGCACAAACACAAACAAACCUUGUCACUGCUAGUAGCAACGGCAGCAACAGCAACAGCAACAGCAACAAGCGAAACUUGGAACCAGAUGAAUCCUUGAACCCUAACCCCUUCAUGCACGUUCCUCCCCAAGAUCUUAGGCAGACUGGCACUGCCACUUUGCAAGCUAUUGGUACAUGUGCAGGCAGACAGGCUGGGGCUGAAGCUAAGACUGAAGCUACAAGUAUGGAUAUUAUGGCUAGUGGUAUCUUGGACACUGCUCUAGCCACUCAGCAGGCAGGCAAUUGCAUCUUUCCAAGCAGCAGCGGCAGCGGGGCAUCCAUUGGGGAAGUCACCAAUGCCAGUAUGCAUACCGUUACUAGUACUACGAAUGAUACCGGUACCAUCAGCUCUACAUGUACAGGUACUGGUACUGGUAGAGCCUCAAAGAGGGCCAGGAGGAGACCACUCACCGAGAACAAGCGCCUGGAGAGAAACACACGAGAACAGGAAAGAAGCAAUCAAGUAUCCAAACAGUUCAACGAGCUUAGGGAUCUACUUUCAAAGUCGGGCAUUAUCAUACCAAAAGGAACCAAAAUGGCAGUUCUAGGAAUAUCCAUUGAGUACAUUCGGGCCUUGCAAGAGCAGCAGAAACAGGCUGAAUGGAAGAACCAGGAACUCGCAAGUCAGAUUCGUCAACUUGCUCAAGGCGUACACGGCGAACAGUCUUUACGAGCCAUUCAGCACGCUGGAAACUCGAACGCGAUUUGGGACCUACCCAGUUUCUCCCACGGACAAGAAACAAACCCCGCUCGCACUGCCAAUGGCACUGCCAAUGGCACUGGAGCUGGAGCUGCAUCCUACAACUCCAACGAAAGUGCAUCGGUCGACAACUCCAGCGCAAACAAUUCCCAGGUCCAGUACAUCGAUUUGUUCCAGCACGCUCCGGUACCAAUGGCUAUUUCGUCUCUGGGGGGGUCGCUUCUGGAUUGCAAUCGUUCCUUCGCCAACUUGACCGGACUCGACAAGGAUCAAAUCAAGAGUCUCACCAUAUUCAAUCUCAUGGCACAAGAAGAUCUAAAAACGUCAUUUGAACGCAUCAGCCGCAUGCUUGAGCAAAGGACAACCAAGACACACGAUCUACUCAAUGACGACGUAUUCCCGUUACUUGUAAAGGGAUCCUUCGCAAACAGUCCCGGGCUUGGCCUACAGAUCACUUCGAUUAGAUCCGGCGAUGGGGAACCACAAAACUUGUGCAUCACUUUGAUGCAACUUAACCGGCACCCAAACCAGAUGCAGCAGCAGCCCCAAGAAACCAGUUUGGCCCUCGCUUCUCCUCCGCUGGAAGCAAACAAGGAAGAAAUCCCCGCCAUUUCAACCGCUGGACUGGUUUCGUUGAACGACAUUAUGAAACAAGCCAUGCUUCCGAAACACGAAGACGACGUUUACCGGUCCUCGCCUACUCCUUUCCAAGUCAUUGGAUAAAGGGCCGGCAAACUGCAUGAGCCAACCCUUUACCUGCCUGCCUGCCUGCCUCUACUGUAUAUAAAACCGACUCCAGGCACGGUCGAUUCAUCUGCAUUGCAUCAAGCACAAAAUGUACAUACACCGCAAAUAUACUGUUGCCCCGUACCGUACCGGUACAGGCAAUGAACAAAGCAUCCUUCUUGGCGGGCUCAACAUGGCCCUCGAUUCUCUCUUGUACAUACUAUUUCCGGCCAACAAGAACUAAACUAUGUGUACGCAACCACAACGUCAUACACACGGCUAUCUAUAGCCAGCAUUGGAAGGUCUAUCAACGGAUCGGCAUCAACCAUGUACAUAAAUUGAAUGCCAGCCCUCCAAGUCACUACUAGUAUAUACACACAUCCAACUUGCUUCCCCGAAACUCCAGUGUACUCAUGAUGGCACGCUUCGAUCGAUCUCUCUGCACAUAAAUUUGUAAAUAAAGAUAACCCAUUUGCAUUUGGAGUGAACCAAGGUGUGUGAUGGAAGGCUUGGCUGCAUGGAUAGCUAGCAUUGUAAUUUGUAGCGCCC